AUGAAUACCAUCGGAGUUGGGAUCGUGUGCCUUCUGCUCCCUCUCCUGGGAUCCGCUUUGUUUUUGGAUCCUGCCUGCGGGAUUCGUGCUCCGAUCCCUACGGUUCCACGGAUCAUAAAUGGAGCGAUUGCACCAUUGAGAUCAAGUCCCUGGAUGGCAUUCCUUCACACCACCGAUAACUAUUUUGUUUGCGGCGGAACUCUGAUCACGAACCGCUUGGUUCUAACUGCAGCGCACUGCUAUCUGAAAAAUUUCACAUAUUCCAAUCUAGUAGCUCGUUUGGGAGAAUACGAUAGAGAUGAUGUUGAGAAAUGCUACGGAAGUUAUUGCACGCUUAGAAUUGAGGGCAAAGUGGACAGGGGAUUCAAGCAUCGCCUCUUCGAUCCGGACACUCUGGCCUACGAUAUAGCCCUUCUCCGGCUGAAGCAAAGAGUAGAGUACCGGGAUAACAUUAGACCGAUCUGCAUUGUCACGGAUACUAGGUGGAGGAAUUACAUUAACUCCUUGGAUCCGCUGACUGGAACUGGCUGGGGAAGAACGGAAAAGGGUCAAGAUAGUGGCUAUCUUAGGACGGUGGACUUGAGCCGACAAGAUCCUAUCAUAUGUUUAAUGUAUACUGGUAAGCAUGUUUUGAAAACCCAGUUUUGUGCCGGAAAUUUGGAUAGCGGUUUCUGUAACGGCGACUCCGGUGGUCCUGUUGGAGCAUUGAUUCCAUAUAAAAAGUCAUCUCGCUUCAUACAAGUCGGAAUCUCUAGUUUCGGCAAUCAUCGUUGCGCUAAUGCAAGCGUGUUCACGAAUGUUAUGAGCCACGUCGACUGGAUCCUUUUGGUGCAUAACAACUAUACAUAGUGAUCAAUCUUCCUAGUUAUGCUAGGUCAUUAUAGCUUCCAUCCAGCUCUGUGUCACUGAGAUCAUAUCUUUUCUAAGAAUUAGGUGGAGUUAAUAUAAAAGAUCUUAUAUCUCAUAUUGU